AUGAAACAGGCUGCGUUAUCCCGCGUCGACAAUAUUGGAGCUAACAUUCAUUAACAGACAGGAUUUAACUUUAACUCAAAUGUAAAAUGUUAAAGUGUACACAAGCUUCGACGAAACAAAAAUAAACUAAAAAGUCUCAGUCUAUUUCAAAACAUACUGGAAAACCAGAAAUCCAAACCUGUUACAAUGAAUCUGUCUUUCAUCCAUGUUCUACUGGUGGGGUGCAUGUCAUCUUUUGCCCCCUGUCUUGGCCUUGUACCUAAAAGGACGACCUGCUUGGUGCAAAAUGGCACAGCAGACUGCAGCCAUCUGGGAUUGAGGGAAAUCCCAUCCGAUCUCCCGAGAAACAUUACCAGCCUGGAUGUGUCUCACAACCAGCUGAGGACACUAAACCCGGCAACUCUGCUGCUCUUCCCUGCUCUUCGACACCUAGACAUGAGCUACAACAGUAUCGCUAAAAUGGAUGCAAGCUGGUGCACGAGCCUCCCCUCUCUCAAGAACCUCAGCAUCCAACACAACGUUGUUCACAUACUGCAGAAUAAAGAUUUGCACUCAUGCUCAAAUUUGACUCAGCUUAACCUCGCUGACAACAGGUUGAAACUUAAAGACGAACCUUUCGCUGCCCUCCAGAGUUUGACAUGGUUGGAUGUGUCUAAUAAUGGCUUGGCAUCAGUGAAGUUGGGAAAUCAACCCCAAAUGGUGAAUCUAGUGACCCUUGCACUUUCGGGGAACAAAAUUGCGACAUUGGGGAAGGACGACUUUUAUUUUCUCAAAAACUCUUCCCUUCAAGUCCUCAAGCUUAUGAAAAUGGCAGAUCUACAAACGAUUGAACCGGGUUGCUUCAAACCUCUCUCCAGCCUGAGAGCCCUUUUGCUGGACAACAGUAAACUCACUCCCUUGGUCAUCUCCAAGCUGUGUGUAGAGCUCUCUGUGACAGCACUGAGGGACCUCUCCCUCAGGAGCACUCAGCAAGCCUCGCUCAGUAACACCACUCUCACCGGGCUCAGCGCUACGAACCUCACCAGGUUGGACCUGGGCAUGAACAGCAUAGCUCAUAUUGAGAAUGGGUCAUUUCUAGGCCUCAGCAAUCUGGGCUCUCUUUCAUUGGAGCAGAACAACCUGAAGAAUUUGAACAAUGGGACGUUUCAAGGGUUGGAGAACCUGCGCUGGUUGAAUUUAUGGUAUGCAGUGAAGGGAAAUGUGGGAAAUGGUUCGUUUGAGCCAUUGAGAAAGCUGGAGUUCCUGUACAUGGGGAAAAACUCCAUGAAAGACGUUAAGGAAUUACCUUUUUCUGGUCUGCACAGUUUAACAUUUUUGGAUCUGAGCCAGAGCACAUCACUGAUGAAAACUGUCACUAACAGGACAUUUGCCGCUCUUGCAGGUUCACCUCUGAAGACCUUAAACCUAUCCUAUAUGGCAAUCCAAAAUCUGAACCCAGGUGCCUUCUCUUGCUUAGGAAAUCUUACCACUCUCUUGCUUGCAAAGAACUUCAUUAGUCAGAGACUGUCAGGAUUGGAAUUUCAAGGUCUUCAACAGGUGGAGAAAAUAGAUCUUUCUAUCAACAGGCAACAGAUUAGCCUGACCCCUGAAUCUUUUAUAAAUGUGCCCACACUGAAAGUUCUUUAUUUGGGCCAAGCUAUCAGUGGAACAUUGGACCUGAAACCAUCACCUUUCCAGCCCCUGGUCAACCUUACAUCGCUCGACCUCAGCAACAACAAUAUUGCCAACAUCAAUGAAGGAUUACUGGAGGGACUAAUCCAUCUGAAGAUCCUGAAACUACAGCAUAACAACCUGGCUCGGCUUUGGAAGAACGCAAACCCUGGUGGUCCUGUGCUUUUCCUAAAGACCUUACAUAACCUUACCAUCCUCCAAAUGGACUCAAAUGGCCUGGAUGAGCUUCCAGUGGAUGCCUUUCGGGGUUUAACCAACCUUAGAGAGCUCAGUCUUAGUGGGAAUAUCCUUGACAAACUAUACAAGCCUGUAUUUGAUGAUCUGAUAUCUUUACGUGUCCUUCAGAUGCAGAAGAACACGGUGACAUCGGUGCCUAAACAGGUCUUUCAGCCUGCAUUUGCUAACCUAAGCUAUCUGAACAUGGAACGCAACCCCUUUGAUUGCACUUGUGAGAGCAUCCUGUGGUUUGUUGAGUACCUGAACGCCAGCGUCCUGGGCCUCCAGGGAGACUAUAUCUGCAACACGCCACCUGCUUACUACAACCGUUCCAUCAUGAAUUUUGAAAUUCAAUCCUGCAAGGAUAUGACACCUUUCCAGGCACUCUAUGUUCUGAACAGCACUGCUGUUCUGGCUUUGCUGUUCUCUGCCUUCCUGGUACGUUUUCAGGGCUGGCGCAUCCAGUUUUACUGGAGUAUCCUGGUCAACCGCACCUUGGGCUUUAAGGACGAGGCUGUGGAGGAAGGAAGAUAUGAAUAUGAUGGCUACAUUAUCCAUGCGGCACAAGACAGUGGUUGGGUCGACUAUCAGCUGCUCCCUUUGGAGAAAGAAAAUUUUAAAUUCUUUCUGGAGGAUCGAGAUGCUGAACCAGGUCGCUCACAGCUAGAAGCCAUUGUGAACAACAUGAGAAAGUCCAGGAAAAUAAUAUUUGUUGUCACAGAGGAACUUCUGAAGGAUUCCUGGGUUCGACAUUUCAAGGCGCACCACGCGGUGCACCAGCGGAUAGAGGACAGCCGCGACUCCGUGGUGCUGGUGCUGCUGCAGGAGGUGCGUGACCACCAGCUGCAGGCCCUGCUGCUGCGCCGCUCCAUGCUGAAGCCCCGCUGCGUGCUGGACUGGCCCCAGCAGAGGGAGCGUAUCCCUGCCUUCCGCCAGAAGCUACGGCUGGCGCUAGCCUCCAGCAAUCGGGCGUCCAGCUCCAAGUGGCUCCACUGACGCGUCACAGCACAGCACAGCAAGCGGGGUGCUCGGAGUGGGCCUGCGUGUAAUGGAUAACUAGAUCUCAGUUGGUGAGGAGGCUGUGUGUGUGAGAUCCAGAGGUAUCAUUAAUGUUGGAUUUAUGUUCUGGGGGCUUGCGUUGUUAUUCAUUUUACAAUUUAUUUGAGAGGGAUAGCACUGCAGAUAUAUGUGACUUAAUUGCCAUGUGUAUUCUCUUGGCAGAAGGGACAGCAAUGCAUGUUUUAUUUUUGUUUGGCCUUUAUUCAUGUACUGUAGGGCAGUGGGGAGUGACUGGAAGCGAAUAGGAGAGAAAGAUAGGGUGGGAUGGGGAACGGAUAGGGUGGGAUCAGGUCAGAUUUAAACUCAGCUCCCUGUGGGCACCUGGUUCCGAAUGUGGCACAGACACUGCUGCCACUUGCGCCAGAGCUCUGCCAGCAAUGCAUGAACUGCACAUCAAAGUAGUUUAAAUGGAGAGCAAUGCAUGAACUGCACAUCAAAGUAGUUUAAAUGGAGAGCAAUGCAUGAACUGCACAUCAAAGUAGUUUAAAUGGAGAGCAAUGGCAUUGAGUUAUGGUACAUUUUAUUAAUCUCCUAAACUUGAUUGCAAAUAGAUAAUGCUGUGCACUCUCAGUAGUAGGGGCUAGAUUGGCAUUGCCAGUUUCUAGUUUCAGUUCUUUAAUCCAAAAUCUGACAACGAAACCCGACGAAAAGUCAUUCAGCGCAACUUGAAGGAGAUAAACUUGCAAACACCAUUUGCCAUUUUGACAUUAAUUAGGCAGGCACAGGUGUAACUAAUGACAUUGUGGUUCCAGUUACAGUAUACUACACUGAAAUUAAAGCUGUCAAGCCUGAAUAUAUGGUGGAGAUCUUUAGAUUACAUCACUUUUUUUUGACGGAUUCUGUGUAGAACCUUUUUCUAACUUCAUAGCUGCUUUCUGUGCAGCGUUUUGUAUGUGGGACAAUUGCCAUAUUCUGCUUUAAAAAUCAGUCUAGGGAAGUAACACUCUGAGGCUGAUAAUAAUGAACUAAAACAGGUACAUUUGACAUCUAUUUAAUGCAGUCAUUACUUGAAUGUGUCUGUCUUUAUGCUGUACUAUUGUCAUCUCUUACUUGCAUAUUUUGGUAUUCUGUCAAGGUAUGAGCUAUGUGUGAACUUUAAUACACUAACUGUAAUACACAUAACAAAGAAAAUUGCUUGUGUUUCUUUUUAUGCCAGCAUUCAAGCAAUUUCUGGACUUUAUUAAUAUUCUUGCACUUGCUAUGUAUUUUAUUUGUCUUUUUGUGGAAGCAAACUUCCCAAUUCUCAGCCCUGAAUCAAGAGGUUGGCAGUAAUUACCUGAGAUGUAAAUAAUUAUUGUGAUUUUACAUUUUACUUCAAAUUUUACAUUUUACUUCAAAAAUAUUCUCCAUUUCUGCUACUGCUUUGGGUGUAUGUGGUGCACAGUGCCAUCGUGUGGAUAAAUGUAAUAACAGUUUUUAGUUGUUUCAUCCUUACUUUGUAAAAACUUGAAGAUAGACAUGUUUGUAUGUUGAUAUAAGUAAAUCUAUAAAAUGUUAGCUUAAAUAUUUGAA